AGCAAAUUGCAAAGAUUUUUUUUUUUGAGGAAAAAAAAAAAAAAAGAUUUAUACAAAAAUAUCAUCAAUUUUUUUUAAAGCCUUCUUAUUUAAUCGACUAAAACAUGCCAAGAUCACCCUCUUCAAAGAAAACUUCUUUAUCAAAUCUUCCGGAAGAUAUGCCAAAAAUUACAAUGCCAUUUCCACCAAAAAUGACGGCAGAAGAAUUCCUUCGUAGUAGACCACUUUCUAGAGCGUAUUUUAGAUCUCCAAAUUCAUUCUUUAUUUAUAGACAACAAUUUGUAAAGCAAUUGAAAUUGGAGAAUUAUAAUGAUCAAAUGGUAAAAGUUAGCAAAUGGGCCGGUAUUUUUUGGUCAAAUGAGCCAAGUAACGUUAAAGAACAUUACAAG